UUGGGGGAACAACUACAUUUGAAGAGUCUCUUAUCAAUGCACCACUCCCAGUGAACUCUCCAACUAUCUCAACCAUCACAAUGCUUCCAUCCUCUUUGUUAUCAAAAAACAUGCAGUCAACCACCUUGGUCACUUCGACUAUAAAUCAUCAGCCAGAACAGCAAAAGGGGUCAUCCAGAUUCAUAGAUCGGAUGUCAUCCAAAGGAGAAGAGACGAGAGAAAACUACCCGACUUCAACAGCAGAGAUGCAACAUGAAUUUCAAACACCUUUGCAAGUAACUGGUGUAACAAGAGGAAAUAAUUUGGAUGGCAUUCUAACAACAGCUGAUUCAAGUAAAGCCAAAACACACAACAGUCUUCAAGAUGGUGCAACUCAAGAUGGUCCUAGAGUGUCCCCAGAAAUCUUUAGAAACAGAGACUUUUCUAGGAAUGUUUCAAAUGAUACAUCUACUGAUACAGAUAUUCCAGAGUUUGUUCAGGUAACACAGUUAGUCAGCACUGCUGUUUCUACAACAAGCCCUCUUGUCCUCCCAGUAUCUAAAAACAAGCCACUUGCCUUAAAAUCUUUUCCAGCAUCUUAUAUGGCUAGUUCCCCACCAUUCAUUACUUCUGGUAUCCAUAACGAAACAUUUGUCCUCUGGAGCACUGCAGCAGCCAGGGCUGACGAAGAAUUUCUGCCCAGGACGGAAGUGCCAACAGCUCGUGCCCCUGCCAUAGACUCGACUUCAGUUGUUCCUACCAAAUAUCCUCAACCACAAUUUCUGACAAAUGGUAGCACAAUGGUAGGUAAGGAACUUCUGGAGCCUCAUAGUCUUUCAGUUAGUCAGAAAACUGGAGAAUUACAUGAUGUUUCAAAUAGGUCAGACAAUAGUGCACCACCCACAUCUAGUCUUCAUGUUCAGGAAAAUGCAACAGCUAAGAAAAGUGUGGUGAACCAGACUCUUGCCUCUACAGCAAAACACAAGAUCUCUGUCACCACUUCAGCAAUGUCAGGUGUCCCAGUUCUCCACUCAAGCAAACGAAGACCUGUGUGUCCUUAUCCUCCCUUACCUGCUCACGGAACGUUCUAUUUCCAUACAAUACCCAACCCUGCUCCAUUCCAGUUUAAACACUACAUACAGUAUGCCUGCUAUGCUGGUUACACGCUGGCCCAUGGGGACGUCUACAGCUAUUGUCUGGAAAAUGGGCGAUGGAGUGGUGUCACACCCAUGUGUAUCGGGUUAACUCCAUGCUCUCUGAACAAUGGUGGCUGCUCUCAAGUGUGCCAGGUGAACGAGCACAAUCAUGCCGAGUGUCACUGCAACCCUGGCUUCCUGCUACUGGGGGACCAAAGGACAUGUCGAGACCUAGACGAGUGUGUGGAGGGUCUGCAUGAGUGCCAGCAGUUCUGUGUAAACACCUUUGGCUCAUACAGGUGCAGCUGCAGCCUUGGUUUCCAACUUUCAACCGACAGGAUGUCCUGCACCGAUGUGGAUGAGUGCGUGCUGCCUACUGGCAUGGCUCGCUGUGUGUUUGGCUGCGUUAACACACCAGGUAGCUUUCGCUGUCUAUGUCCUGAGGGGUAUAGCCUGAACAUCACAGGCGAACAAUGUGAAGAUAUAGAUGAAUGUAUUGAGAACGCUGGUCUGGGACCAUGUGCGGAUGCAUGCAUGAACACUCCGGGUUCUUUCCACUGUGUGUGUUCUGAUGGGUUUCGGCUCGCUGGGGACGGGACCACCUGCAUCUCAGAGUGUCCACCAGGAUACGCCAGAAAACGUUCUGAUCCGAAAGAAGGAAACUCAACCGGACUGGUUUGUGUGGAUAUUAAUGAGUGUGAGGACAUGAAGCAAACACACCACCACCAGCGGCACAAGUGUGAAUGGAAGUGUGUUAACUUCCCAGGCACACACCGCUGCAUCUGUCCACGUGGGUACACACGCCAUCCGAACGGAUACCAAUGCAAGGAUGUUGACGAAUGUACACCGAGGAACGGAGGUUGCUCCCACAUGUGCAUGAACGUCAGAGGCAGCUACAGAUGCGCUUGUCCUGAAAAUUACCGUCUCUCUCCUUACAACAGGAAGAAAUGCCAGCCAGUUUAAAUUUACUGUCAUUGAAGUGUAAGAUGUAAUGUAUUUAAAAUGUUAUUGUUGAGCUUUAAUUUUUGUAUAUGAAGUUAAA